UACCUGGAGGUACGCUACUGCCAAGGUAAUAUAUAUUUUUCCAUAUCUGUAUGUGUAUAUUCAUAUAAAUUAUACAAUCACAUCUCAUUUAUUAGUUUUUAGUUAUAUAUGUGUGGUGGAAAUUUUUACUUAUCCACCUUCCAACAUAUAUAUAUUUUUUAUUACUAAAAUUCCAUGCUUUAAGUUGGGAAUGGAGAGAGAGUGAAAAAGAGGACAUGGGUAUUUUUUUUUUAGCAAAAUAGUUAAGGUUUUGUUGGGGGUAAAAUGACUCAAAUAACCUUUAUAUUUAAAGACUAGAAUUUAGAAGCGGAGCCCAUUUGGGAUUGUUUCUCUACUCUUUAAAAACAUUUUUAUUUUGAAAAAUUGUAUUUUGAUGUGUUUGGUAACCAUUAUAAGCGCUUUUAAUGGUUACCAAAUUUAGUUCAGUAGAGCAUUUGAAUGAAGGUUAUAAAACUGCGUUGGGAAUAGAGGUUGAAUAUUUUAGGUAACUCUUUUUUAUUAGACAAUUUUAUUCAUUUUAUUUUUUAUAACAAUAAUUACACACAUUCUUUAAUAAAGUAAUUAUUAUUAAAUAUGAUAAUAUCAUAUUAAAGGAUAUUAUUGUAAAAUCAACAAUAGAAGUAUUUUAAAAAAAAAUUGAAACACGCUCGUGACGUCAAUACUUUGUCUCAUAAAAAAAAGGGAAAAUGGGAGGAGGUCGUCUGUUUUUCAUCUAAAGUAAAUCAAUCAAAAUCUGGACUCAUUCAUUCUUACCCAUCACUGUUUAAAAAAUGUAUGUUACAGAACCAGCUAGCCCAACUCAAAGAAAAGAGGUGCAAGUCCAGUCCAGCCCAGUCCUAUAAAAGGCAAAAAUGUGGAACCCACAAAACAUAAAACCCCUAAACUUGAAACCGAUCGCCGCACCAGAAGAUUCCAAACCACAAAACACAAGAUUUCAAUUGAUUCAACCCAAAACAACGUAGAAAGAAAAAAGGUCCAACCGACCAACCAAAACCGCACAACAAAAUCAAACACACACACACACGCACACACAAAAAACACAGAACAACACAAAGACGUGUAUAAUUCAUUGCGGAGUAACAUUUUUCAACACUACUCCACAAAAUAGAAAGUAAAAAAUAAACAAUAAUAACAAUAACAUGGAAACCACAAGCACAACCAAAACCAAAACCAAAAGGGAAUGUUCGUUUGUUCCUCAUCAUAAUUUUGUAUUUUUUUCUCUUGUUUUCUUUUCUCUUGAUAAUUGUUUCUCUCUCUAUAUUUACACAUUGCGUAUAUAUAUUUAUAUUUAUAUAUUAUAUAUCUCGUAUCAUUCGCUAAAUUCUACUACAUCUUUUCGUUUUUAUUUAUUUUUUGGUAAGUAGCCUAAAUUCUAAAUCAACUUCUCGCAUGUUUGGUGUCUUCGAUGUCACGACACAGAUAGAGGGAGAGAUUAUAUUAUAUAUGUGAUUUGCAGAAGCCCUAGUUUUCUGUGCUUUUCGAUUUCUAGGGUUUGUUGAUCUUCAAUGGAGGCUGUUUCAGAAGGAGAGAACAAUAGAAACAACAGCAGUCCAUCUGAUGGACAGAAGAAGCCCAAGCGUCAGAUGAAGACUCCUUUCCAGUUGGAAACCCUCGAGAAAACAUACGCCCUGGAAACAUAUCCGUCGGAGUCGACGAGGGCGGAGCUAUCGGAGAAAUUGGGGUUAACGGACCGGCAAUUGCAGAUGUGGUUUUGUCACAGAAGGUUGAAGGAUAAGAAGGAUGCGGCGGCGAAGAAGCUGCGGGUGGAGGCGACGGGUUCAAUGGAUUCUCCUAGACCGGAAUUGAUGGUGGCUGAGAGGGGUAGCGAUCAUGGGUCGGGGUCGGGGUCGGGGUCGGGGUCGGGGUCGGGCUCGAGUCAGUUUGAUUAUGGGGAUGAUGAUGUGCCAAUGGCGCGAAGGUAUUAUGAGUCACCACGGUCGGUAAUGGAGCACACAGUGAUAGCUUGUGUGGAGGCGCAGUUGGGUGAGCCAUUGAGGGAAGAUGGUCCAAUUCUUGGGAUGGAGUUUGAUGAACCGCCACCUGGUGCAUUCGGGAUGCCUAUAGUGACGGCAGAGCAGCUGGGCCAAUCUAGGCGUCCGUAUGAGGGCAAUUUAUUUGAGCAACACGAUGCAGAGCCAAUUGAAGAUGCAAAGAGGGUUGUCCAUGAAUAUGAGUUCCUUCCUGAUGAGUCCAGUGUCAAAUUUGAUGCAUAUGGAAGACGUAUCCCAUAUCACUCCUAUGACUUGCCUGUUGAUGCUCGCUGUGCCAAAACUCCAUUAUUUUUGUAUGGAAAUAAACGGUUGCACAGAGAAAACUUUGCAGCACCUACAAGGAUUUAUGACAGUAUUCCACAAAGGGAUUCUCUUGCAAACAGUCAAGCGGAUGCUCCAGUUACUUCUCACCCAGUUUUGGGGCCAGAAAAUUCAAAUGCCUCAUCUGAUGGACGAAUCUCCAACAAAGAAGAUGUGUUGAGGAUCGAGAGAAAACGCAAGAGUGUUGAAACUGGAACGGAGAGGAAAGUUGAAGCUUAUGAAAAGAAGAUCCAGAAAGAACUCCAGAAACAAGAUAAUUUGAGAAGAAAGAGAGAAGAGCAGAUGAGGAAAGAAAUGGAGAAGCAAGACCGUGAAAGGCGGAAGGAAGAAGAAAAGAUGAUGCGUGAAAGGCAGCGAUUGGAGGAAAGAAAUCAGCGUGAGGAAAGACGUGAAAUUGAACGGAGAGAGAAGUUCUUACAGAGGGAGUCUUUAAGAGCUGAGAGAAGGCGGCAAAAGGAGGAGCUUCGACAAGAGAGGGAAGCAGCAAGACUUAAAGCAGCUGUUGAGAGGGCAACAGCACGCAAAAUUGCUAGAGAAUCUAUGGAGCUAAUUGAAGAUGAACGGUUGGAACUGAUGGAAUUGGCUGCUUCGAGCAAAGGGUUACCCUCAAUAAUUUCUCUUGACCACGACACUUUGCAAAACCUCGAGUCAUUCAGAGAUCUUUUGUGUGCAUUCCCACCCAAGUCUGUGCAAUUGAAAAAGCCAUUUGCAAUUCAACCCUGGAUCAAUUCAGAGGAAAAUAUCGGGAACCUGCUCAUGGUUUGGAGAUUCUGUAAUACUUUUGCUGACAUUCUUCAGCUUUGGCCUUUUACUCUUGAUGAACUUGUUCAAGCGUUUCAUGACUAUGAUUCAAGGUUGUUGGGGGAGAUACACAUUACUCUUCUGAAGUUGAUCAUAAAAGAUAUCGAAGAUGUUGCAAGAUCACCCUCCACCGGGUUAGGAACAAAUCAGUAUAAUGCUGUUAAUCCUGAUGGUGGACAUCCAAAGAUUGUUGAAGGGGCAUAUCUUUGGGGUUUUGACAUAAGUAACUGGCGGAACCACUUAAAUCCAUUGACAUGGCCAGAAAUAUUUCGACAAUUUGCGUUAUCUGCAGGGUAUGGGCCGCAAUUGAAGAAAAAGAGCAUUGAACAGGCACAUUUUGAUGAUGAUGAGGGUAAAGGAUGUGAAGAUAUAAUUUCCACACUACGCAAUGGUUCAGCAGCUGAAAAUGCAGUUUCAAUAAUGCAUGAAAAAGGAUUUUCUCUUCAGCGCAGAUCUAGGCAUCGUUUGACGCCUGGAACAGUCAAAUUUGCGGCUUAUCAUGUUCUUUGUCUUGAGGGAAGCAAGGGCAGAAAUGUCUUAGAACUUGCAGACAAGAUUCAGAAAUCUGGACUUCGGGACCUAACAACAAGCAAGACACCAGAAGCCUCUAUUUCUGUUGCUUUGUCAAGGGAUACUAUUCUUUUUGAAAGAACAGCUCCUUCAACUUAUCGUGUACGCCCUGCUUUCAGAAAGGAUCCUGCUGAUGCAGAGGUUAUACUUUCAGCAGCCAGAGAGAAAAUACAGAAAUACAAAAAUGGAUUCCUACCUGGGGAUAAUGCGGAUGAUGUUGAAAAAGAUGAAGACUCUGAAUGUGAUGUUGCUGAGGGUCCUGAAGUCGAUGACUUAGGUACUCCAUCAGAUGCAAACAAAAUCAUCAGUCAAUGUAAUGGAGUUAGCCCAUACUCAGCAGAUAAAAAGGAGAAUUUUGGCAAUGAUGAUGCAUUAAAUCUGCAGAAUGAGGUUGACAGCGCUGGCAUUGAUGCAAGUAAUCCUGAUAAAGGAGACACAGAGAUUGAUGAAAGCAAAUUCGGUGAAGCAUGGGUUCAAGGACUUACAGAAGGGGAAUAUUCUGAUCUCUGUGUUGAGGAGCGUCUGAGUGCUCUUGUUGCCUUAAUUGGUGUUGCAAAUGAAGGAAGCUCUAUUCGUGCUAUUCUUGAGGAUCGUUUGGAUUCUGCAAAUGCUCUGAAGAAGCAAAUGUGGGCAGAGGCACAACUAGAUAAAAGGCACAUGAAAGAAGAGAACCUAACUAAGUUUCAUUGUUCUUUUAUGGGGAAUGAGGAUGAAACAAAAGUUACUUAUUCUGUUGCAGAGGGUAGUGAAAGCUCAUUACCUGUUGUUAAUAAUAAAAAUGGUGAGGCAUCUCUUAGCAUUGCAGUAAAGGAAGAGCCUUAUAUUGGGGCAGACAAUUUUCAGAAUCACCUUGAUUCUUUGCCUGCUGAAAGGAGCUUGGUGGCACAUGAUGCCUCUGUGGGUCAGAUUACUAAUCUUCAACAAAAUGGAUAUACUGCAGAAAGGUCACGUGCACGAUUGAAAUCUUACAUUGGCCAUAGAGCUGAAGAUACUUAUGUAUACAGGUCCUUGCCACUUGGUCAAGAUCGAAGACGUAAUCGUUACUGGCAAUUUGUUGCAUCUGCUUCUCAACAUGAUACUGGCUCUGGCAGGAUCUUUGUUGAAUCACCUGAUGGCUAUUGGAGACUUAUUGAUUCUGAAGAGACGUUUGAUGCUCUUUUGACAUCUUUGGAUUCCCGUGGAAUAAGGGAAUCUCAUUUGCACAUUAUGUUGCAAAAAAUUGAGACGUCCUUUAAGGAAAAUGUUCGAAUGAACUUGCAGUGUGCUAGUAUAAUGGACCAAAAUGGAAGUUGUGUUGGAAAUGACGCUGCUGAAAUAGGUUCUAGUCCUGCUUGUGCUGUUAGCACUGAUAGUCCUAGCAGUGCAGUAUAUGGUUCAAAAUCUGAUACGAUGGAGCCAUCGUCAUCUUUUAGAAUUGAGCUUGGGAGGAAUGAAGCUGAGAGAAAGACUGCUUUGAAAAGAUAUCAAGAUUUCCAGGUGUGGAUGUGGAAAGAAUGCUUUAAUUCAUCAGCUUUACAUGCUAUGACAUAUGGGAAGAAAAGGUGCAGACCGCUAUUGGGAAUAUGUGAAUUCUGUUUUGACUCUUAUGCAUCCGAAAACAACCAUUGCCCUUCUUGCCAUAGGACAUUCGACACGUUUGAUAACAUGUUAAGAGUUUCAGAACAUGUCAUCCCAUGCGAAGAGAAAAGGAAAGUAGACCCUGAUAUUUCAGAUUCUUCUCAUCCUUUGAGGAUCAGAUUACUCAAGGCUCUCUUGACUUUCAUGGAGGUUUCUGUUCGGCCCGAGGCUCUACAAUCAUCUUGGAUAGAAAACCAUAGGAUGACAUGGGGUAUAAAGUUGCACAAUUCAUCAUCCACUGAGGAUCUUCUACAGAUUUUGACUCAGUUCGAGGGUGUCGUAAAACGGGAUUUUUUAUCAUCAAUCUUUGAGACAACGGAGGAGUUAUUGAGCUCCUGUCCGCCCUCUGCAAGGUCUGUAUGUGAUCCUUAUAGUCUUGGUUCAGUUCCUCGACUUCCUUGGAUACCGCAAACUACUGCUGCUGUGGCUCUGAGGCUUUUGGAGCUUGAUUCGUCCAUUUCCUACGUACCCAAUCAGAAAGGCAGGCAGCUUGAGGUUUCUAAUGGCAAGGGAGCAGAAGAUUACACAAAGCUUCCAUUGGGAAAUAUGCAAGAGGCUAAACCAACAAAGUUGUACGUGGAAGAACAUAUGAAAGAAGAUAACUGGGGUGACCUGGGUGGCGUACGCAGCAGCUCUGUUUGUAAGCAAGUAGUUCGUAGGAGAGGAGGCGGUCACGGCCGUGGACGGUGGCAGAAAAAAACUGCUGGUUCUAUACCAGAAUCUGGCAGGAAAAAUGCUAGAGAUUAUGGGACAUUAAAUCAAGUACUUAGACAGCAGGGAAAAGCACGUGGACAGAGAAGUGGAUGGGGUCGCCGAAUUGUUAGGAGGAGAACAGACAAGAGAGCUGUGGAAGAGACCCCGCCAUGUAAUUUGGAUGACAUGGAAAGCCCUAGCAAUGCUGGGGAAUCACCAGGAAACUCUGGUAGGGACAAAUGGGUUGGUGAAGAAAGUGUGAAAUUACAAAUUGAGGAUGCUAAUAAUAGUUAUAAUGUGGAUGAAAUUGAAUCCGAUGAUGAUGAUGCUCAUGCGAUGAGUUAUGAGCAUGGGAAAUGGGAGGCAGGUUUCAAUGUUGCUUCUAACAGAACAGCGGAUAUUAUGGGAAUGAGUGACGAGGAUAUGAAUGAUACUGAAGAUGAUAAUGGUUAUGAAGAGGAUGAUGCAAAUUUGGAGGUUGAUGUUGAUAUGGAUGACUAUUCUGAUGGAAAUGGGGAUGGAAAUGAGGACGAAGGUGUGGACACUGAAGUUUCUGAAGAUUACAGUGAUUGAUGUCAUAAAUUUUGAAGGAAUGACGGAUGCAUUGGAAUCAAAUAUAAGCUGGUUGCAUUUUUGAUAAUUCAUUAAGUAUUGUUCGUUUCAAGAUGGGGGUUCACUGGUGGCUGCUUGUGUGUAUAAUUUAGAGGGAAUAUUAAAACACCACAGCUCUUUGCUAUUCCGGCUGAUUGAGAGGAGGGCCACAAAUGAGGGGAAAAGGCAGGCAGGGUGAGUCUCCAGAUUUACAUUGCAAGCAUCCUAUGUUUUUCCAUGAUGAAGUUUCAUCAACUUGUGUUUGCAGAUUUUGUUAUCACACGUGUAGCAAAAUGUCAUCUUCAUCGGGAAGACAGCAAGAUAAUUUAGGAAAAUUUUCAAGUCUUAAAAGUUCUCUCAACCCUCGAGUGUAUACAGGUAUUACAACAGGGCUGUCAAAACUAGUUGUGCUCAAUCCUCUGAUCAACAAUACACAGGUGUUUGCACAUUCUUGUGCAGUGUGUAGAGUUCUUGGUUUGUAAAAAUGUGACCCUAUACCCAAACCUCUUCUGACCCCAUUUUCUUGUUUGAAAAGCUCCAACAAAUUCCUGAUAUGUGGGUGCGGGUGGUUUCUAAUUUUUCUUUUUCUUUUUUUUUUUUUUUUUUUUUUCGGUUGUUUGAAAAGGAAAAAAGAAUAGUAGUUCACUCUGAAUGAGUCCAUGGAAGGGGUGAUGCAGCCUGUGCCAUCUCUACGCUGAUGGGCAUUUUUGAGAAUUUCAUAAGUUUGCUAGUUUAGGGAUUCUUUGCUUAGUCAGGCGACUGUUCGCAAUAAACUGAGAAUUCGAGGGAUUCCUUGUAUUUUAAACUAUGUUCAAUCCCCCUAAAUUAAUAAAAGAUUGAUGUCAAACCUA